AUGAGGACAAGGAAACCUCCCUGCCCGGUGGAAAAAGUGUGGGUAGACAAGCACAAAUACGAUGAAGCAGAGAGACUGCAUUACGAAAGAGAAGCGAUGCUAGCUGCCGCAGCCCCUGACGAGUGCCAGGAGGUAGAAGCUGUAAACGGAGUCUGCAAUGAUGACUGUGUCGAAAGUGAUUUCAAGGGAGACCUGAAGAGAGCAAAAAAUGGAAAGAAACAAAGGAAACGGAAGCGUUCUCCAAAACCCAAAACCGUGACCUCCAAGUUAGACUCUGUUCUGACUGGUUUGUUAGCUGACAAUGUGUGGUUUGACAAACCUUUCUAUGAUCACGCCGAGAAUCUGUACAGGAUAAGACUAGCGGCUUGUCAGAACGAGGAGGCACCCGAGACUGCGCAAACUGCUGAGCAGUCCCCUUUAGCGGCCAGGUCAAAAGAUGUCCAAGAUGUUCCUAAGCCAAGGAUGCUUUCAGCAGCCCCGCUGUGCUCCCAUGGUAAUUUGUCUGCGUGUCACCACGUUAUUCAGGGUGUCUGGGUCAACAAGUUUGAUUUUGAUAAGGCUGAGGAAGCGUUUAUUGAAAAAUCUCAGCUCUUUGUUCCUCCAGACGUCUUAACUGUCCCAUCUGUGUUGUCAAGCGCUGGCAAUGUUGGGCUGAAGACGCCGGAUGAGGGCUACGUUACAGCCCUGCCUACUCCUGCUACGCCAAGCUUAGCUCCAGACGUUGUUGCUGAUUCUGCCACUUCCUUCGUUCCCAGUUUACCUGGCUCUGUAGACCAGACGGUAAAUGGUAAGCCGCAGAUUGCAAGUUUGCAGGCUCUCAUGGCAGAGGUGUGGUUAGAGAAACCUCUCUAUGACGAUGCUGAGAAGAGCUUCUACGAAAACAUGUUUGACGGUCAUCCAUCAGGCAAAGUCCGACAGCAGCAACACGGCAGCCCCAAAGAAUCGGAGAACCACGACGAGGACAGGAAGAAUCACGGCGCUGGAAAGCAAACAGGCAUCAAACACAUGGAGGUCACUCCCAACUCUCUGCCUCCCAGUGAUGCUGAGCAACCUCUGCCCACCUGCUUUUUUCUGCACGAGGACAGCGAAACUGUGUGGCUUAAUAAGCCAACAUACGACCGUGCCGAGUCACGGUACUACGCAGCUGAGGCUCUGAAGAUGUCAAGAGCAGGAGAGAGUACAGAGAUGCAGGAAUCCGCAGCAGUAAAACCCUCCCAACCAGCUGUUUAUGCUUCAAACGUACCCACGCCAGAAACAAAAAAAAUGGCAGUCGACUACUUUAAGUAUGAGAAGAUCUGGUUUGAUAAAUACAAGUAUGACGAUGCUGAGAGAAGAUACUACGAGCAGAUGAACGGGCCAGUGGGCAGCUCGUCACACCAGCAGAACGGAGCCAGCACGAUCCUACGCGACAUUGCCAGAGCCAGGGAGAAUAUCCAGAAAUCGCUGGCCGGA